UGUAUAAAAAAAAAAGCUAAAGAAGCUCGUCUCUUUCGUCGUCACCCACGUUUAUCCUCCAAUCGAAAGCGCAAAGCCUCGACAGAGCCUUGGCUUUCCCCAAUCCCAGCCAGACUUCGCCCGAAAGCUUCAAUCUUGAUCGAAAACCCAUCACUUGCUUCGCGCGACGGGAACGACCCUUUUCCUCCCCCGCAAAACUACAAAGUGGGUUCGCCUUCGCAUUGAAUUUUGUUGGGUAGGGGUGGAGGGAAGAAGAAGAAGAACAAGGAGAAGGAAGAAUCCAAGAACGCCCGCGCGCGCUGGGACAAAGGGGAAGUUUCCAAUCCAUGGAGUGGUAAGGGGGGGAGAGAGAGAAAGGGGGACAGCAAAUCUGGCAAACGUAGGAGGAGGAUUGAGGGCUCGCUUGGCGCUGAAGCAAUCGCCCUCCGGUUGCGCCGACGACGGAGGAGGAGUGCAGGCCUUGGCGCCGCCGCUUCUCGCUCAUGGCUCUCACCUGGGGCUCCGCCCUCCGAAUCGCCCUCCUCCUCUCGCUCCUCCUCGCCGGCGUCGUCGCCUGCUUCACCCUCCCCGUCGAAAAGAUUCUAAAGAAUUUCUUGCUAUGGGUUGAACAAGACCUUGGCCCCUGGGGUCCUCUUGUUUUAGCCGUCGCAUAUAUUCCACUGACGGUUUUGGCAGUUCCAGCUUCAGUACUUACUCUUGGUGGUGGUUAUUUAUUUGGCUUACCCGUGGGAUUUGUUGCUGACUCCAUUGGUGCUACUAUCGGAGCCGGUGCUGCAUUUCUCCUUGGCAGAACUAUUGCAAGAUCAUUCGUUAUUUCUAAAUUGAAGGAUUAUCCUCGGUUCCGCUCGGUUGCUGUUGCAAUUCAUAAAUCUGGGUUCAAGAUUGUCUUGCUGCUGCGGCUGGUUCCCUUGCUUCCAUUUAACAUGUUGAAUUACCUCCUUUCUGUGACUCCAGUGCCAAUUGGGGAAUACAUGCUGGCAUCUUGGAUAGGCAUGAUGCCUAUAACCCUUGCACUGGUGUAUGUUGGGACAACUUUAAAGGAUCUUUCUGAUGUGACCCAUGGAUGGAGUGAAUUUUCAACUACUCGUUGGGUUUUAAUUGUUCUGGGCCUUUUGGUAUCUGUUGUUCUGAUGUUCUGCGUUACUAGAGUUGCCAAGGCGGCUUUGGAAAAAGCUCUGGCUGAAAAUGAAGAUCUCGAUGGAGUUUUAGAAGCAUCGCAGUUGCCUAUUGUGGCUGAACCAGCUGCCGACCUGAAUCAGCCUCUAGUCAUAAAGGUAGAACCUUCUGAAGAGAAUCACGAAAAGUAAAGGGAAAAAAAAAGGAAGGGAACCCAUCUUUCUGUAAAUUCGUCUCUUUUUUUCAUUUUUGUAGGAUGUUCUACCCAUUUUGAACCUCCCCAUGUUCUCAGCAUAUGAUGAUGCUUGUGAUGCAUCUACUGUACAGUCCCAGUUUUCAGCUUUAGCACGAACAGGAAAUUCUCUCAUUUUUAAAACCAAUGAAAUCAUAAAAAUCUCAAUGAAGUAGUCGUUUUUUUAUA